CUUCCCGUGCUGGUGCCCGCGAGAAGAAAAUAGAAAAUGGCGAGUCUGUGCAAAAAGCAGCAAUGCACAAUCGACAGGCGCGGCUUUCGGCAGGAACUUGACUCUUGGCGACACAAACUCCUUCACUGUGUAGGUUUUGAGAGCAUUCUUGAAGGUCUGAUUGGUCCAGAGCUAGUAGAGGACCUAAAAGUAUUUAAGGACUUUGAGCCUGUUGCUGUGUCUGACUGGUCAUUUGAUGAAAAUUGUCUAUUCUGCUGUUUGAGAAGAGAUAAAGUCAAAGAACACCUAUUUGGCUUCAGCAAGGAGCAUCUUGACGAUGCACCUAAACCUCUCCUAGUUAAAGAUCAGAUCAGAAUCAUCAGACUAGAGAAGAAAGCUGAGGAGUUUCUCAAUGCAGUUCUUUCCAGAAAGGAUGUGCCAAAUUUCUCAGACCCACACAUUCCAGUAGUGGCUCGAGAGGUUCUUCAGAGAAUGAUCAGCCAGUUUGCAGCCGAAUAUACCUCAAAAACCAGCUCUCCUCAGGACAGUCGCUCAGACUCUCCGCCUCACUCUGACCGAAGCCUGCCGGCUCCGCUCCUCCUGCCAGGGACUCCUUCAACCAACCCCGCUGACAUCCUGGCUGGACCAGCACAAAACCAGAACCCAGUCCUGAGCAAGCUUCUCAUGGCUGACCAGGAUGCUCCCUUAGACCUCACCAUCAAGAAGCCUGGUUUAGAGCCCAGUGAACAAGAUGGAGUUCUUGACUUAUCUAUCAAAAAGAAUCGCUAUAGCAGCAGCAGCGGCAAAUCUGCCCACAGUCUCUGCCAUUCUGCAGCUGCAUCCACGCUGAAGUGUGAGUCUCCAGAUUACCAUGCCGCAAAAGCAAAAGACCUGCAGUCCACCACCACACUGGAACAGUUCAUAGCAAAACUGUGUCCCCACCACCAGAGACGGAUAGUGGAUGCAAUAGGUUUUCUUCAAAUGGAAGUCAAGGCUCAUGCAUCCUCUAAUGUACCGAAAGCAUCUGACUCUACCUCUGGUAUUCAGGGGGAAGCUUCUCCAAAUACAAACUCCAGUAGCAUAAUCGCAGAGAAAUCACAUCCUGUACUAAAGCCUUCCAGUGAAUCCACUCCUAAACCUGAAGUCCUGAAAUUCCCCCAUUCUGUCCCAAACAGCUGUGCACAGAAGAAGAUUCCAGAGAAUGUGGUGUCGCUGAAAACAUCUGCAACUUCUGGCCAGGCUUUCGAUGUUUUCAACCAUGGUUUUGGGAGUGAUCAACCUCUGACGAGUUCCACCGCUAAUUCUGUGGAAGGAGAGAACAGCCGUCUAAGUGAUCAGCCACCUGUUCGGAUGACAAUCAAAACUAGCAAUGCUGCUGCUGGUAAGAAGCGGUCAUGUGUGCUUGAUGCCACUCUUUCUUCUCCCUCCCAUGCUCUCGAGGAGAAACAAGUUUCAUCCAAUAGAGCAGAGACACACAGUGCCAGACUCAGCUCGUCCGUGAAAAGACACAGUCAGAUUAAUGUCACUCCUAAUGCUAGUCAGAAAGAGAUUCUUGGGCACCAGAAAGAUAAGCCAGCAAAAGUGUUUCCAAUCCACAUGUCCUUUCCCUCACAUUCUGUUCGAACAGCAAGAAAAACAGUCAGGGUAUCUUCUGAACAUCGGAUCAGGGACGAUGCUUGUAGGGACAUAGUUGACCCUGAUAUCGGCAACUGUGACAUUGUUUUUAUUGACAAGCCAAUUACAGAGUGUAUUAAGGAAAAGCGGCGCAGCAUGACCCCCCGUCGUAAUGCCAGAAAAAGCACUAGGGGGCAUAUGUAUUUCGAUGAUAUGUGGGAGUUAAAAACGGUUCGCACAUUGGCCGGAAGGGGCAACUGUCCAAACCCAAUGCCUGAGCUGAACACACUGGUCACGCCAAAACAAAUUCUGUCCAAACCUGAAGGUCUACCACCAGUUGAUAUGCCUUUUGCUGGAGCAUGCACAGAGACAAUGAGUCAACAAAUGCCCUCAGAGGAAUCGGAUGAUCGUGUCAUUCCAGGAGCAGGAGAUGACGUAGAGGAAGCCGCUAGUAAAGCAGAUGCUGUAGAAGUUGAAAUGAGUCAAACGGAUCAGGGUCCGAAUAAGGCCCAGUCUGAUCCACCAUCUCCUCUGAACUUUGUAGAAACCCAAGAAACUUGUGCAGACACUUUAGCAGACGAAGAGACAAUUAAAGAUUUGGAGAUGACACAAGAAAGUGUUGCUUCACCUCCACGUGAAUUACCAACAGACAACGAGCCAGAGUCUCAACAGUUUGUACCCGACAACACAGAGCUAGCCGUUACAGAAACCCAAGUAGAACCAUUAGAAAGUCUCACCACAGAGGAGGAUGAGCACCAGCUUUCAUCGGAUAAACUUCUCAACUGUGGGGAUGAUACUAAACAAAAUUGCACUGCUACAGUAAAUCAAGUGGAGGAAGAGAUAGAGAAGGAUAAAGAGGAAAAAAUGCAAGAUGAGCAAAAUCAGGAGAUUCAACCAGAGACUGAGUUACAUUGUGAUAAUGUUGAAGUGACAGAACAGUCACUUUCCACAGGUACAGCAGAGGAACUGACAGUAAAAGGGACGGAAACUGAAAAGCCAGAAGCCAAUAACGGUGUUGAACCCGUAGAGACAAAAAAUUAUGAAACUGAGUGUGAUGAGCUGGGAAAGCCAGCUGAUGAGCUGGGUUGCCAUAGAAAAUCUAAUGAGUUGCCACCUUGGAGUAGGAAAAACGACACCAAAACUCAGGUGCCAGAUCUUUUGAGACAGACAGAACUAGUGGUUGGUUUUGUCAACGGUAAACCAGUUUCAGCCUCAGACAGGAGUUUGCGCCAUAGAACUGAUAGGAAUCCCACAUCUAGUAAAACUCCAAUAAAAUCUUGUCCGAAUGUACUCACCUCUAGCGAUUCAGAUCCUACACUUUCUUCAACUGUUGAAAACAAGAAACUAGAGAAACCUCCACCAGAGACAAACAGGCUUUUAACAUUAGAGACUUCUGCGAUUGAGCAGGUUACAAAACUGUCCCCUGACCCGCCAUCAAGCCCAGCAUUAAAAUUACCUUCAAGGACUAAAAAAACCCAGAAAGAAAAAAGUGUUGUGUUAAAUCAGUGCAAGAUACCUGUGCUCUCUGAUCCGUCCGCUGAUCAGACUCAAAGUACGGCAUCCAAACGCCAACUUAGAUCAGCCAGUCAAAAGACAGCAGCUCCCACUUCAAAUAUUGUCACUUCCAUUUCCUCUCCAAAGCCUUCAACUCUUAUUCUUCCACCUGUAGAACAGCUACCUCCUCUCCUGCUCCCUUUUCCAUUACCUGUUACCAUAUCCUCGUUUAAAGGGCAUUCUGAUCCCUCAAUUUCUGAGUGUUUCCAAGAGCAGCAAGUAUCCGAAACUGUGCAAUUGAACACUGAAAAUACACAGCCAACUAAGACUAUCUCUAAAGACACUCAAAAGAACAAACUAGCGAAUGAAUUCGAGACUAAACAAACAUUAAGAUCAGGUAAGGUUGUUUCAGAUAACAGUGAAAAUGAGAAACCGCAACUUAUUACUGAGGAAUCAAAUUCUUUAGAAAAUCCAUCCCCCAUAAAGACUGAAAAUCAAACAGAGUCUGUUCCGACCAGAAACAAGCGUAAGCUUCAAAAGAACUCAGAUGCAGGUGAGUCUGCUUUAGUCCAAAAAAAGAAUGUAGCUCCUGUAGAGGACAAACUAGCAAGUGGAGAUAAGGAUGCCUCCAUGUCAGAGAAACCCACGAGAAUGCCAUUAAGGAGUGAGACCAGUAGGGCGGAAAUGCCCGACCAGUCUGUUGCUCAGUCACCACCAGCAGAUAACAAGAAAUUAGCCUUGAGAUCACUAAGAUCUACCCCACAUUCCAGCAGUACUGCUGACACUCCAAAACAAAAUGACAUACCCUCCCCUGUUCGAAUAAUCCCUGAAAGAAUACCCAAAGCUCAGCUGAAACCCAAGUCGGGGUCUGUUACACCUUGGACCCACAGCUCUCAAAUCCCUAUCAUUACCCCAAAACAAGAGCUCCCUAAACCAACCGUCAACAAAUUCUUUCAGGCCCUAACUGGUGAAGAGAACCAGCACUUAAUUACAAGUUUAAAUACUAAAUAUGAUAGGAUGCUAAAAGGCUGGGUACAAAUGGACAAAGAGGGUCAGCCAGCAGCAAAAUACAAAAACAAAUCAGAUAGACAGGCAGCUAUAUGGAAGAGUAAACGCAGGGCACGGAAACCAAAGUCUUCAGAGCAGCAGAAAUAUUCCCCAGUCCAAAUGCUUUUCAUGAAAGGUUUCAGUCUCACCAGUAUCUGUCACUGGUUCCUGGAUACAACAGAAACUAAGUCCCUUGUUAUUGUGAAGAAGGUGAACACGCGUCUUCCAUCUGAAACUCAGCUGUGCUUCCACAGCUCAUCAUCCAUGUCAGGGCCGUCACAGGGAGUGUUUCCAAGCCUUCAGGCAGAGCGCUUAAAGAAACAUUUGAAAAAGUUUGCCAUCGCUUCUCCUGUAAAGAGCAAUCCCAAAAGUCAAAAGCUUAUUGCUAAAGCGCUUGAACAAGAGGCAAACACAGUCAAACUGAAGGAGAGAGCAGAACUUCCCAGCAGUACUCAAAAUGUGAGUAAAUACUCUGCUGCCAAAGCCAGUGCCCAAAAAGGCGAAUCCCAAAAACCCUCAGGAAAAUCUAAGAAUCCAGCUAGUGCAAGAAUCCUGAGGAAGUACUCCAAUAUCCGAGGGAAGAUGCAGGGUCAGCAAACCACUGUUAGAAUGAAAGGGGGCUCAAAAAUGCUAGAAAACAAGAAGAUUAAAUCACUGGCUGCUACUAAAUCAGCUGCUAAAUCAAAUCUAAACCCAUCUUUAAAGGUGAGAAAAUCUGCUGUACCUGUUAGAAACAAAAUCAAAGAGUCUGCAGCAAAACUGCCAGGUAGGAAGAAUUUGGCUGGGAGGAAGUCAACGAAGCCUUCAGUUCAGAAAAGGGCGGUCAGAGCUCAGGCUGGCAAAGCUUCAAAGGCUAAAAGUAAAACAGAACUACCAAAGAGAUGUUCACAACGACUUGGGUCUCCUAAAGUACCUGAACACCAGACUGUGGACACAUCCAAGAGCAAGGUCAGCAGCAAAAAACACAACGAAGACAAAAAAGCAGAAUGUGAAAUAAAUAAAAAAACUCAAACUAAGGAAUCUGCUCAAAGCACAGUUGUGGAAAGCAAAAGUAAGGAGAUUGCUGCUGAAAUGCCACAGCAGGGCAUGGAUGUGAAGGCUUCAGGCUCACCUGACCAGGUCCAAACAAGGUCACAGAGAAAAAUGGAGGCAGCGAUGCCUCUGAGCAGGAGUGCCAGCAAUCCUUCAAAGAGGGCCAAAAAGGCAUUACAGACAGCAUCUCCUAAAGCUGUCAGUGAAGUGGAUGAACCUAAAGUGACAAGAAGUGGCUCUUUGAAGAGAAGUCAGACAUCCUCACUGCAACGCAGUGGAACUAAGGUAGCCACCAAGAGAGCUCAGGAACUCCCAGAGACCCCUGCAAAGCGCACCAGGACAAAAUAAAACGGAACUUUUGGAGAGAGAUUCUUCAUCUAGAGGAUCUGUGUUUGAUUUCAUUAGGACCAAAAAUAUGUAGUACUCGCCCCAAACUGAAUAAUUCUCCUCGCAGAAGGAGAUUUUGACAUUUGCUCAUGCUGUUGUAAAGCUUGAUGGUGAAAACGCAAACAUGACGCUGUAUUUCCUGAGCUUUGUUCUCUGUGUUCAGGGACUGCAGAAAAAAGUCCUGCAAGAUGUCUGAUGGCUGUAGUUGCUUUAUGUUUCUGCACUCUACAAAAAUGGCUGGAGAUAACAAAUGCCCGUCAAACCUCCAUUUUAGGCGUUAGAAAUUUCAUCCUCAUUCUUAUGUUUCUUUCUUUUGACAUUUUUGUAUAUAUUUAUAGUUUUAGAUGAUGGCACGUUCUGCAUUAAUGUUUUGAGGGAGGAGGGAGCUUUGAAUCAAAGUUUCAUGUACACUGAGUUGGCAGUUUGUAUCUCCAGCCAGUCUUCCAAUCACAACAUUGUGAAUACGUAACGUUGUGAACCAGGUGCCUUAUUUAUAAAAUGUAUUUUAUAUAAAUGUUACUAAAUGUGAAAACUUCUCUUCCUGGAGGUGCAGUUAAUUUGCUUCAAGGAGCAAUUCGGAUGUGGCGUUUUUCUUCUGCACGUUGGGCGCCGCCCGCUCUAAAUUCGAGUUCUUCUGAUCAGAUUUUGGGACUUCCCGAGCAGGUUUAUUUUUAUGCCUAUUUUCCCCAAAGCAUUAACAUAAAAUUGUAAUUAGAGCUUCAGUAGAUGUUAAGAUCUGCAUUGUUUAUUCAAACAAACGGAUGUGCUGUUUUUGUGUCAUGAAAAGUUUUACCAUUUUUGUUUGUGGCCAGGUGUCAUUGCUGUGUACCUCUACAUCUGCCGUUCUUGUUAAUGAGGAGACAGUUUCAGAAACCCAUGCAAGCCAGACUUUAAACAUGAAAUCUUUGAUUGUACCACAUUUAGUCCCAGAGAGAAAACCCAUUUAAGAAUACUUAAAUGAACUUUAAUUUUAAUCUCCUCUCAUUGUUGGGUGAGUUAUAAUCUGAAGCCUGCUUGCUACUACAGUAACUUCUGUAAUUGUUUUGUUAACUGCAACUCAUUUUUAGGACAGUGUUAUUUUGUGUUUUUUUUUUUUUUACCAGGCUUAGUUUCCUCAACAAGGUAAAUCAUUUGUAAAUGCAAAAUCAGUCCACUAUGUUUUUAUUGAUAUUUAAAAACGUCAUGUAGGUCAUUGAAUAAAAAAAAAAAAGAAUCUAUUGCAGCCCACCAAAUAUCAGACUUGAACUUGUUUAUUUUUGCAUUUGAUAUUUAAAUAUUUGGGUUUUGUACAUUAAAUAGAAAUACCUGCUUUAUUUGUGGUAACCCCAUGAAUGUUAAGAACGUUGUUUUGUUUUUUCUGGAGUUGAUAUAAAGAUGUUUAAAUUUUA